AUGUCUGCUAAUCGGAAUGCCGGGGUUGCUGGCCGGAGAGGUGGCAGAACACGGUCUUUGGAAAAAAGAAAGAAACUGAAGGAUAGGAUAGAAGCAGAAACUAUAUCCCGAAGAAACACGAUCCAGGACCUCAAGGGCGUGAACAAGACCAUAAAAAAGAUCGAGACUGACAUUGAAGAGACGGAUGAUGAAGAAAAACUCAGCCAGCUGAAAGAAGAAUUGAGAAAGAAUUUUCAGUUGAAGGAUGAAAUGGACCAUAAGAUAGAACUAUUCGACUCGAAAAUCACAAGCAUCGAUGCAGAAAUCUCCAAGCUUGACGAAGGAGACCCCAUGGACAUAGAUGAAGAGGAACAAGAACCAGAAAAAGAACCAGAACCAGAACCCGAAACCGAGAUUGACACCGAGCAGGACAGCGAAAGUGCAAAGCAUGAUGAUGUCGACGAAGGUCAAAACUUCAAUAACAACCAAUCGUCAGCCACCGAAUCGUCGGGUGAGAGUGCAGGACCUUCCAGCGUCCAUACCAAUUUGGAAAGAGCAGUUGAACAGAAUCCCGAAAACGCGAGAGAUGAUGAGCUUAAUGAUAUCCGCAACGCUUCGAAUCCCCGACUCCCCCUUGUUUCGAAAUCUGUAGAGAGGCCAGAAGAAUUAAACGAUCCAACCAGGGAAUCCGAUAACGAGCUAUUUGUCAACCAUGAUCAUCACUAUGUAAACGAACCACAGUAUCGACCUCAAACAUAUGACGAUUAUGGCUCAUUGUCCGAUGAAACUGAAACUAGUGCAUAUGUUACAUCCGAUAGCUUUCCACUCGAAAGCGGCACCACAAUAGUGCAAACGCGACAAGGGAAAUUGUUACUCAAUUCAUAUGGGUCCAGAAAUAGCCCUAUGUAUACUUGGAGCAGUUUCGUGCCCUCUGGUAGGGUGAACGAUCUCAAGUUUCUGAGUGAACAACCUCACAUCGAAGCUCAGAAGAUGAAAAACGAUGUGCUCAUAUACAAGGGCAAAAUUGGCCCCAUAAGGGGUAUUGCUUGGAUACCCAAAAACAGACAAUCUACCAUGCUCGACAUAUGUAAGUCGGUGGAAGAUUUGAAUCCUGCAAACAAGCAGUCUGGGAAGUACAUUUUCCCCUUCACUACUGUACUUGUACAGCUUGAAGGAGAAAAUAAUUUGAGAGUUUGGAUUGAUCGAUCGACGUACAAGAGGCUUUCUCCCGGUGGGAAAGAUUCAAUGGAGCGAACCGAUAGAAGAUUCUACGAAAUGGCACUUCGUCAAGUGAAGGCAUUUAGGAACUGGGCAGGUAAGAGCCUAGAUCCAGAGUGGAGAGGAGAUAUGAGAGUGGGAAGAGUCUCGGCAAGCCUUACUCCAUUAGCGGACACACCAGAGGCAGAAGAGGUAACGGGCCGUGCUGUUCCAAACAACGCGCAUUUGAGGCAAGGAUCCUCCAUAUCUCCAACCCGCAAUAAUCAACAAGAAAACUAUCCACCAAAAAAAUCAACUCAGCAGGCCUCAGGGUCCUCACUUAACAUUCAAGCACCCAACAAUAAGCCCGCCUCGGAUGAUGACCAUGGUUCCGCCACAUCUCAACGUCAAAAGUUUAGUCAAAAAACUUUCAUGGCUGACAUGACUGCAAUGAUGAAUGAAGAUGAUAAAUCGAGUCUCGAACGCAGGAUAGAAUAUAAUAGAGCGGCGCUGGUGGCAUACGCAGUCUACAAGAGGGAAAUGGAAAUGAAAGGGUUCGAGGAAGAGUUUAUUUGA